AUGCCAAUGGUUGCCGGAGAGCAUGCCCAGGACGUGGAUGGAGUCGCCACACUAGCAGCAGAAGAGCGCCUGGCCUCCAGGCAGAAGACGAUGGCGGUGAAAGCACAUGUGUUCCCGGAGGAAAACGAAGCUCCUCGCGCUCCCCCCAUCGUGUCUAGCGUGCAUGAUGGCGGCAGGCAGCUUGCGAUUAGCUUCCUAAUAAGUUGGAUGCGUCCGAGAUAA